AUGGCCGAGCCCGCCCCCGCCCCCGGCCCGGUCACGCAGCAGGUCAGCGGCCGCGCCGUCCCAGCCGCGGCCCCGAGCGGCCCCGAGCGCGGGCAGCCCCUGUCCGCCGCGGUGGCCGAGCUACCGGUGCUGGACGCCUCCGGGAGGCGGGUGCCGUUCGGCGCGCUGUUCCGGGAGCGUCGGGCCGUGGUGGUGUUCGUGCGGCAUUUCCUGUGUUACAUUUGCAAGGAAUACGUAGAAGAUCUGGCCAAAAUCCCCAAGAGUGUCUUACAGGAAGCAGAUAUCACCCUUAUAGUAAUUGGACAGUCAUCCUACCAUCAUAUUGAGCCUUUCUGCAAACUGACUGGGUAUUCUCAUGAAAUCUAUGUUGAUCCUGAGAGAGAAAUCUAUAAAAAAUUGGGAAUGAAAAGAGGUGAAGGAAUUGCCUCUUCAGGAAAGAGCCCUCACAUAAAAUCAAAUAUACUCUCAGGAAGCAUUCGGAGCCUGUGCAGGGCAGUGACUGGCCCUCUGUUUGAUUUUCAAGGAGACCCUGCUCAGCAAGGUGGAACCCUCAUCCUAGGUCCAGGUAACAACAUCCAUUUUAUACACCGUGAUAGAAAUAGAUUGGAUCACAAACCCAUCAACUCUGUUUUACAGCUUGUAGGAGUUCAGCACGUGGACUUCACAAGCAGACCUUCAAUUAUCCAUGUGUGAUGGUAUAGACACGUGUCACUUUCAAAUGGACCCUUGAGAUAUGACCUGAAAUGUUCAGAGUGUGGUAUCCUUGUGCAGUGUCUAACUUGUUGGCUUUUGCCAGUUUAAGGAGUUAUGAAAACAUGAAGAGACCAUGUACUAUUUAUUGCAUUCUGGGAGGCAUUAGUUGUCAAAAAUGUGACAUAUAUUUAUAAUUCUAUAGCUUUUAAAAUUUUACAUAAAAAUUUUAUUUAUAUAAAAUAAAAGCUAUAAAAUUAGAAAUACCAUUCUUUAUUUUAUAUUAUGGUAUAUCCAUUCAAUGAAAGUUUCUAUUGGCCAUUAAAAAAAUAAAUUCUUUCAAAGAACAUAUAAAGGGAAAGGUAAGCAACUCACUACCAUUUUACCCAGUGGAAAAAGCAGGAUAUUUAAUUCUGUAAAUAAUACAAUGUUUACAUUUUUUGUUUGCUUAGGGAAAAAAAUAUGGGAAAUAAACACACCAGAAUAUUGUCA